AACAUGAACUCGUUGGUCAUACAGUUUAAUCAGCUAAUGGGUUCUAUACCAUCCACAAUUUUCAAUAUCUCAAGAAUCGAAUUCAUUGCAUUUACUGGCAAUAGCUUAUCAGGAAGUCUUCCCAAUGGUUUAUGCAAUGGUCUCCCAAUACUCAAAGGGCUUUAUGUGUCUUAUAACAAGCUUUAUCGUCAUAUGCCUACAAGCUUGUCAAAUUGUUCACAACUUCAAAUUUUGUCUUUAUCGGAAAAUGAGUUUGAUGGACCAAUACAAAGAGAAAUUGGAAGAUUGAGUAACUUGCAGAUAUUAGAACUCGGAGCUAACCAUUUCACAGGGAUAAUUCCACAAGAAAUUGGAAAUCUUGUUAAUUUGAUGGAGUUAUGGAUGGAAAUAAACCAGAUUACCGGCUCUGUCCCAAUCUCCAUAUUCAAUAUCUUGUCGCUGCAAUUUUGUCACUGGCGGUUAACAAUCUUAAUGGAUUCUUACCACGCAAUAUUGGAAACUUAACCAAGAUGCAAUUUUUAUAUCUUCAAGAAAAU